AGCAACGCGCUCCACGACCUGCCGAGUCGUCUGCUGGCGGCGUCAUUGUGGCCAGGCGGAGGGGUCGCCCCUCUCUCCUCCUCCUCCUCCCUCUCUCUUUCUCCCCGCGGAGAGAGGAGUCGAAAUUUUUGGUGAAUUCCUUUGGAUAUUUCUCUCAUUUCAGUCGUCAUGUUCGGAACAGUGGUAGCCAACUCACACACAGAACACAUCUUAUCGCUGUCUGCCUCUUGACUUGGGUAAAGUGUAAGCUGGAAGGAGGAAAAGCGAGGAGCACAGUGCCGUAUUUCCUUAAGGUGAUCCGAGGACAGAAGUAGACUUCGUGUUUCCUUCCAUAAGAAAGGGAUUGCGUCAAGGGCAGAUAAGCGCAUGGGUCGGCUACACGACAGACGACCUGGUGUAUCGCUGGGAGAACAACGUGGACAUUGACCCAGGGGUCACCCUCUCACAGUUUGAGCUGGGCCGGAUCGAGCAGCAGAACAUCUCCAAAAACAACAAGUUUGGUGUGACCACCAUCUUGAGCACCGCUGCUAUCGGCAUGACGGUGAGAGAGGGUUUGCCCCGCGUGCCGUACGCCACAGCUCUGGACGUGUUCCUCAACGUGUGUGUGGUCUACGAGAUGGCAGCCCUCAUAGAGUACGCGGCCGUCAACUACUUCACCAAACUACUGCCCAAGGAGGGAGGGACGGACGAGGAGGAGGAGGGGGAGGAGGAGGUAUCGGGCAACACAUUCACCAACCGGAAAGUGGUCCUAGUGAAUGAGGAGGCCCUACCACUUCCGGAGCGAGAGGCCUUGCUCAAGUUGAACCACUGCCCUCCUGACCCGGAGGUCAAGGGGUCAAUCCAAGCCCAGUGGAGGAGCAAUCAAGAUGGAGUUAGAAUCUGCCUGCAAGCCUUCUGGCGAUGCCUGGUGGGCAGCUCCGAUUACCGGAUGCAGAAAGUCAACUCGGCCGACGCGGAGUCCGGGAACAGCGUCAGUAACAUCGACAUGGUGGCCCGCCUUCUGUUCCCCCUGACCUUUGGCCUCUUCAACCUGUGUUACUGGGUCAUGUAUUUCUACUUGGAGCUUAGUUGACUGGAGGGUGAGGUUUGCAUUAACAUCACCUGUUUUCUGUGACGCCAGAUUUCUGAUUCCCACGCUUCGUUCCUUUAAUCCUACUACUUCAUUUCUGUGAUGGAAAGAGAAACAAAAUCUCCUCCUCCCUCCCUCCACGCCAAGACGACGAGGCUAAAAGGCUAAAUGUCAAGGUCAACAACGUCAGCUACAGAACAACGGUUCAAGGUCACUUCAUUGAUAUCUGCUAAAGGAAACCGGGUCACGGUCAAGGUAGUUCACUUCAUCCACCGACAGAAGAGCUAAGGUCACACUCCACGUUCUACGCCUGGGAUAUUGUCAAGAAUCAAGUACCCUACUAGGAAUUCCGGAAAAUGCACGUUUUGGAUAGUGUCACUGGCCCUUUUAUCUGGAAGAAAAUUAGCAACAUCUACAAAAGUUCCGUUCCUUCAUCGUUUCGGGAUUUCCAAAGUGUUCUUUCGUUAAGGACUGGGCGUGUGAGCGUACUUUUUUUUUUUUCUAAUUUGGUAUUUAUUGUGUUAGCCUUAGAUUUUACUGGCUUGUCAACUGUUCUAGAUAGCACAACGAUGUAUGUUAUACAAUGUGAUGAAAAAAAAAAGGAAAAAUUCAA